ACACAAGAUUUGAAAUAUCUUCAACAGGAAGUUCUCAUAAUUUCACUAGAUCAUAUUACAUGAACGGUAGAGACUAUAUCAUCAGUGGAAGUUCUGAUGAAUCCAUUCUAAGAAUUUGCUGUGCCCAAACGGGAAGGCGGUUAAGGGAUGUCCAUCUGCAGGAUAGGACUCUGGGGAGCGCAAUGUAUGUGCAGUCUUUGAGAAGUGAUCCAUUUCGUCACUUUCAUAUGGCUGUUUUAGCUGCCUAUGUUCGUCCAAGCUCACGAUGGGGGAUUGUUAAGGUCAAUUUGCUGGCUUCAAGUCAUCAUGCUAAACAGGAUUCUGAAUCCCAAGAUUUCUGCCCUCGCUUUGGAUGGGGAGGUUGAUUCUACUUUUAGAACUCACAAGUCCUGUUACCAGGACCUCCUUCAAAGACCAAUCUGUGCUUUGUUCAGUGAUAUGUUCAAAAUGGACGUAUCAAAAUCCAUUGGGUUAUGAAGAGUAUUUUUGGAGGGGAAAUGUUUUUUUUGCCCUCCCGCCACCGCACAAACACCCAAGAAAAAGAUCCUUGAAAGGUAACAUGCAUUGGGAGGUACCAGGUUGGCACCUAAAUUGCGGCCAAACUUCUUACAAUGAUAAGUCGAUAUCCUGUGCGGUUUCCCUAGGCAAUGGCAAGUUGUAGACGGUAGUUAGGAGAAUGCAGAGAGCUUUACGCCUUCGGAAAAUGUAUGUAAGAUGUUUGACGGACAAGCUGUGUGGAACCUUCUUUGCACGAAGAGCUUUGUUAAUUAGGACUGCUCCUCGAGUGUCAGCAAGCCCACUAGGUCACGCCAUGUCGAAAGCAUCUAAUUAUUUGCCCGGCUUCUUUGAGGCACUUUUCUCUUUUGAAUACUGCUUACCUGUGUCCCAUUCUGUCUCUCGCAUCCCGGGAAACCCUUUACACUGAUUCAUGUCGUUUCCUAAUGCAACAAACCUCCUGUAAGUACUUAAGACUGCAGCAGCGCCAGGACUCGUAAUGUGACUGCUUAACGGCAGGUUUAGAGUUGGCAACUUCAAACUAAUGAACUGAAGGUUGGUUGCCGUCUCUUA